CUUGGUUUGGCUGCUGAAUAGAAUCCGGAGUGCGCCUGUCAAGCCUUUUAUUCUGUUUUUAUUCUAGGAGGAAUUGGUGGUGACGCAAGUUCGCCACUUGGCAGGCGAGGCAGGAAUUCUUUCUCAGCAGGAUAUGAAAGAAAGGAGCAGUUGAAGCAGGGAAACAUGAAGGCUGAUUUAGAGGCUCCUCCGUGCCCAGAACCGGAGGGACUGGCGAUCCGGUGUCGAGACGUGUGCCGGUCCUACGGCAAGCUGAAGGUCCUCAGCAACCUCAACCUGACUGUGCCACAGGGACACAUUUAUGGUCUGCUGGGUCCCAGUGGAUGUGGGAAGACAACACUGUUGAAAUGCAUUGUGGGAACUCUGAAGAUCUCAUGGGGUCACAUCAGUGUGCUGGGGAAGCCGCCUGCAUUUCCUGGUCAUGAGGUUCCAGGCAGGAUGGUGGGCUACAUGCCGCAGGAUCUGGCGUUAUACAACGAGUUCACCAUCAGCGACACCCUGACCUUCUUCGGCCGUAUCCAUGGCCUGACGUCAAAGGACACCCAGGCGCGCAUGAACUUCCUCAUCGACUUCCUGGAUCUACCUCAGAAGCACAGCCUGGUCCGAAAUCUCAGUGGGGGUCAGAGACGGAGGGUGUCACUCGGUGCAGCUCUGCUUCAAAAUCCAGAGCUACUCAUUUUGGAUGAGCCAACAGUUGGAGUGGACCCUGUGCUCAGGGCUAAGAUCUGGCAGCAUCUGGUCGAGAUUGUGAAGACAGGAAAAGUCUCUGUCAUCAUCACCACGCAUUACAUAGAGGAGGCCAGACAAGCCAAUGUGGUUGGUCUCAUGCGAAAUGGCCGCCUGCUGGCAGAAGGGCCUCCAGAAGCAGUGAUGAAGCAGCACAGUGCAUCAACCCUGGAGCAUGCCUUCCUGCAGCUGUGUGAGACGUCAGACCAGGUGGGCUCAACUCCGCAGAGCAGGGUCCUAGAGGACAGCCAAUCGUUUGAGAGCGGGCGGGACGAGAGUCGGCCAAUUCUUGGAGUUGGACUAGAGUCUACAGACGAAAUACCCAAAUAUUCAGUUGACUGGAAGGUGCGAGUCAGGCAUGUGCUGCCAAAGUGGAGGAACAUUGCAGCCCUGAUGAUCAAAACCAUGGUGCGGAUGAAGAGAAUGCCAGGGUCAUUGUGUUUCCAGUUCUUGUUGCCCGUCAUCCAGAUCUCUCUGAUGUGUCUGUGCAUCGGAGGAGACCCCAAGGGGAUCCAGGUUGCCGUGGUGAACAACGAGACCUCCCCCUCCUCUUACAGCUACUCCCUGCUCUCCUUCCUGGACAAUUCCAGUGUGGAACAGGUGCCCUUGUCCCAUGCAGAGGCUUUUACUGGGAUCUAUAACGGAGAGUACUGGGGUGUCAUUGGCUUCAGCAAGAACUUCACGAGCUACCUGACAAAGAGGAUGCUCCAGCACCAGGUUUCCAGAGACGUGGUCGAUGGAGGAUCAGUGCACGUCUGGCUGGACCUGACUAAUCGACAAAUUGCCAUUAUGCUCCAGAAAAAAAUACACGAGGCCUUUGAGGCUUUUGUUGACAAUAAGUUGGGUAGUAUGGCCUACCUGGUGGCCCUGCCUAUAAAGUUUGAAGAGCCAGUCUAUGGCAGCCAAAACACAGACUUCACUACGUUUGUGACACCGGGAGCUGUUCUCAGUAUCACCUUCUACCUGGCGGUCGGUCUGACGGCUCUCUCCUUUGUCCUGGAGCGCAAGGAGGGUCUUUUGGACAGAUGCUGGGUCGCAGGUGUGAGCUCUCUGGAGACCAUGCUGGCCCACCUCUUCUCUCAGCUGUUUGUCAUCAGCGUUCAAAUCAUCCUGCUGCUCCUCUUCAUCCUGCUCGUCUUCAAGAUCCCUAAUGAAGGCUCCAUAGUGCUGGUUGUAGCUCUGAUUGUGCUGCAGGGUGUCACCGGCAUCUCCUUUGGCCUCGUCAUCUCCGCUGCCAUCGAUGACGAGCAGAACGCUAAUCAGGCCGCCUUGGGCAUCUUCUAUCCCAACCUCAUCAUCAGCGGUAUUAUCUGGCCUGUGGAGUGUAUCCCGUAUCCUCUCCGCUACCUCAGCCUGGUGCUCCCUCAGACGUACGCCUCCGAAGCCCUUCGCUGUAUCAUGUACAGAGGUUGGGGUCUGACCCACAUGAUGGUGUGGCGAGGAUUUGCGGUCACCCUGGGCUGGAACACCUUCUUCCUCAUCCUGGCCACCGUCAUCCUCAAGCUGAGAACGUGACAGCCUCGCCCCAGAAAGCGUCCUUCAGCCGGGAGAGAGCUGUCAGGUGAGGCCCGGGGUUUACCCACCAGCCUGGGCCCUUCAUCUGUGGAUGGACUGGGAGGGGGUCACUGUGCCUGAGAGGGAGGAAGGACCGGCACAUCAGUUUCUGUCUCUGUCAGACACACACACACACACACACACAUGAAACACACUCCCUCCUCUCAUCCCCAGAAACCUGACCCUGCGACAGUUGCUUUGACCUAUUCAGUGUUGGGAACUCUCAAAACGUUGCACCUAGAAGUACACAAGACCGAGUACAUUCUUGUUUAGCACAACAACAUUGGUUUUAACAGUGAAUAGUGAAUACCGAAUGAGGAUAGUGUGUGUUCCGCUUCUGUCUGCAGGCUGUUGAAAAGUUCGACUCCCUGAAUGGGCCGCACACAAACUCAGGGCCACAGAGAAUCGUAAUAGCUAGGAUUCUCUGUGAUACACUUUGCUUCAUUCCCACCUGAUCAAAAGAAGUUGGGCAUGAAAAGCCUAUUUUUCCAUUUUGAAAAAAAAAAAAAAAAAACAGAGGAAAAAAUGGUGAAUAUACUAAAUAUAUUGUAGAGCAUUGGUUUUGUCAGUAAUAAGUCAAUUGUUGUCUAUCUUAUAUUUGCAUUACAGAAAACAUAACCGACAGAAAAAGCAAAACAAACAAAAAAAAAGAUGUAUGUAACUGUAAAAGUGACAAAGUCUAGAGUCGU